AUGGCGCGUGUCGUAGCAGCUUUCGUAUUCUCUCUCCUCCUCAUCGUGAUCGCUGAAUCCACCAACGAUUCUCAGGUGGGAUGCAGCAAAGUAUGUGUGGCUGAGAAUUGCAAUUCGGUUGGGAUUAGGUACGGAAAGUACUGCGGAGUAGGGUGGACUGGAUGUCCGGGAGAGAAACCCUGCGAUGAUGUUGAUGCUUGUUGCAAGGUUCACGACGAAUGUGUUGAGAAAGAAGGUAUGACUAAUGUUAAAUGCCAUGAGAAGUUCAAGCGCUGCAUAAAGAAAGUACAAAAAUCAGGCAAGGUAGGGUUUUCUAAGGAAUGUCCUUACGACACAGCUGUGCCUACAAUGGUACAGGGCAUGGACAUGGCUAUCUUAUUUAGUCAGUUGGGUAACUCAAAGCUUGAACUUUGAAUGGGUAACUUGAAUAACAUGUAUUGGUAUCAUUCUUUUCCUUCAACAGCUACAGUUGUAUAAGGAACCUCUAAACAAUAUAUGAAAAUACUAGGAAGGAUUCCCUUUAGUUAUGUGUUUGUGCAUUUUCUCUCUGUUCUCCUUAACUCAUGCAGGCCUUAUGGUGUAUUCAUAUUUUUCUGGGAUACAUGAA